AUGAUUGGAACAGCUGCCAGUUUAAAUCAAGAAGCCUUUAAUCUGGGUUAUUAUCAACUGACACCUAUUGAACGACGUUUAUUAAGUAACAUUCUUCAUGCAUAUCUCGUUAUUCAACUUGAUCUAUCCAUGGGUUAUGCUUGUGUAUCAACUCCUUGUUCUUUAGAAGAUUUUAGUCAAUGGGCUUGGGAACAAUUCCCACGUCUUCUAACUUGUUUCAUUUAUUUAUGGACCAAUCACCACACAUUAAUUGGUUCUUGUGGUGAACAUUGUUCAAAAUGUCUAAUUGCCGAUGGUCACCAAAAAGUUCGAUGCCGUAUUUGUGCUUUCAAAGACGUCAAAGUGGAAACAGAAGAAAUGAAAGGACUUGUGAUCGGAUGUUGUCGAACUCCUGUUCGGCAGUCUCGACUCUGCCAACUUCAUAAUAAAGAAACAGUAUUUUCUGUAAACGAACAGUCAAAACCUAUUGUUAAAAAGAAAAGAAUUAUCCGAAAAUUUAUUUGUCGAUUGUCCAACAUGCUGAAUAAAAAAAAUGGUCAUUUGAAUUUAACCGGUUGUCGUACAGUUAAGGAAAGAUCUGAUCAAUAUGUUAAAAAGUGCACCAGAUCCUUAGGAAUAAUAGCUCUCGUUUCUAAUUGUCGAAUAAUUACUUCUUUUAGCGAACUAUACAGAUCGGAAACUCUUCGAGAGAUUAUUAAUCUUUUUGCUAUCACCAUACGAGGUAUAAAUUCGUUUCAAGUUAUUAAUCUUACUUUUCUUAAUAUUUUAUAG